CUCUGCUGUGGUUCAGGAGGCACCUGCUCGGAGGCAGAACACAAGCUCUUCUCCGUGAUAUUCUCCAGCUACAACCAGUACAUACGGCCGGUGGAAAAUGUGUCCGACCCCGUCAUCGUACAGUUUGAGGUGUCCAUGUCUCAACUUGUCAAAGUGGAUGAAGUGAACCAAAUCAUGGAGACGAAUCUGUGGCUGAGACAUAUCUGGAAUGACUACAAACUUCGAUGGAACCCAAAAGAUUUUGGAGGCGUCGAGUUCAUCCGAGUGCCAUCCAACAGGAUAUGGAAGCCAGACAUUGUUCUGUAUAAUAAUGCAGUUGGAGACUUCCAGGUGGAUGAUAAAACUAAGGCCCUUCUUCGUUACAACGGUGACGUAACAUGGAUCCCCCCAGCCAUAUUCAAGAGUUCCUGCAAAAUUGACGUUACUUACUUCCCCUUUGACUACCAAAACUGUACGAUGAAGUUCGGCUCCUGGACUUAUGACAAGGCCAAGAUCGAUCUGGUGCUGAUCGGCUCAACUAUCAACCUCACGGACUUCUGGGAGAGCGGAGAGUGGAUGAUCAUUGACGCCCCAGGUUACAAACACGACAUCAAGUACAACUGCUGCGAGGAAAUCUACACGGACAUCACCUACUCUCUGUAUAUUCGGCGCCUGCCUCUCUUCUACACCAUUAACAUGAUCAUCCCCUGCCUUCUAAUCUCCUUCCUGACAGUGCUGGUCUUCUACUUACCCUCAGACUGUGGUGAAAAAGUCACCUUGUGCAUCUCAGUCCUGCUUUCUCUUACUGUAUUCCUGCUAGUCAUCACAGAGACCAUCCCCUCUACCUCACUGGUUAUUCCCUUGAUUGGGGAGUACCUCCUCUUCACCAUGAUCUUUGUUACCCUCUCCAUUGUCAUCACUGUCUUUGUACUGAAUGUUCACUACCGCACACCAAAGACCCACACGAUGCCCUGUUGGGUGCGGAGUGUUUUCUUAGGGCUGCUGCCCAGGGUUAUGUUCAUGACCAGGCCAGAAAGAGACCCAGAGAGGGUUGCAGUUGCAGACAAUGUCCAGGUGCAACCAUCGAGGCCCUGCACUUUCCACUCUUCAGGUGCCCUGCAGCAGCAGCACAAGUCUCAGAUCUUGGCCUCCGGCAUGAUGCCCAACUUGACCCAUCGCCAGAGGCUCAUCAUUAACACGGAGCUCUCCAACCUCAACAACUUGAGUGGUGACUCGGCCAAGGCUCUUGGCUAUGGGUUUCUGAGCCGUGAGGGUCACUGCAGCUGCUGCUGGAACCAGAGGUCCACCAAACUACCUGCAGACUCUGGGGGAGGAAGUGGAGGAGUGGGCAGCUUGGGGGCUCUCAGUGGAGGCAGCACUGCUGGGUUUGGAGGGGCUGGUGCAGGAGGAAGUCCAUGCUCCAGCUCAGAGUCUCUGGAUGGAGGACUCAUGUCCCUGUCACCCCUUUCACCAGAGGUCAGGGAGGCCAUUGACAGCAUAAAGUACAUAGCAGAGAACAUGAGACUACAGAAUGAAGCCAAGGAGGUUCAGGAUGACUGGAAGUAUGUUGCCAUGGUGAUUGACAGGAUCUUCCUGUGGGUUUUUGUCCUUGUGUGCAUCCUGGGAACAGCUGGCCUCUUCCUUCAGCCUCUUCUACUUGGGGAGGACCUUUGA